AUGGGGGCUUUGGACACACCUGGGCUGCCAGGAGGGAGGACCAGUUCUCAUGCUGACCCCUCUGAUGGAAUCCUGUUUGUCACACGCCAGGCCUGGGAGCACUCUGUGGGCAUCAUCUGCUUUCCCAGUCUGCAAAGGCUGGCAGAAGAUGUUUCAGACCAGCUUGCCCAGGAAAUACAGAAGGCGCUUGCCGGGAAGCCUGCAGAACAAGCUCGGGCAGCAGCAGGGCAGUUGCUGCAGUGGAAGGGGGACUUGGAUCAGGAUGGCUACCUGCUCCUGAAGUCGGUGUAUGUGCUCACAGGGACAGACUUGGAGACGCUGGGCAGAGUGGCAGAGUCCGGGCUUCCAGCCCUGCUUCUCCAGUGCCUUUACCUCUUCUUUGCCUUUCCUCUGGAGAAGGAUGAACUUUUAGAGAGUGAUGUUCAAGGUCAGAGGAUGUUUGUGCAGAUGUUGCUCAACAUUUGCAGUGAGCCUCAGAGUCUGGAGGGACUUCUCUCAGGAAGCGAGCUCCAGUCUCUCUUGAUUGCCACCACCUGUCUUCGAGAGCACAGCUGCUACUUCUGGAAAGAGCCCACCUUCUGCGUGCUGAGGGCGAUCUCCAAGGCUCAGAGUCCCAGCAUCAUCCAAUACCUGCAGGCCACCGACUGUGUCCGGCUCUCAGUUCAGAGCCUUUCCAGGCUGGCAGACGCUCUCCCUGCGCCCGAGGUGAGCGAGGCUGUAGUCCUCGUCUUGAGCUUCGUGAAGGAUUCCUACCCCAUCUCCUCAGCACUGCUCCUGGAGUUUGAGAAUGGGGAGGGCUACCCUCUGCUGCUGAAGGUGCUUUUGAAGUAUGACGGGCUGACCCAGGAUGAAGUGGAUCCCCACCUGGAGGAGCUCAUUGGGCUGGUGGUGUGGCUGACAACGUGUGGGAGGUCAGAACUGAAGGUGUUUGACAGCGUCACUUACCCUCAGCUGGAAGGCUUCAAGUUCCAUCAGGAGGCUUCUGGAAUCACCGUUAAGAAUCUUCAGGCCUUCCAGGUUCUGCAGAAUGUUUUCCACAAAGUCAGCGACUCUGUCCUCUGCACACAAGUCCUGUUGGCUAUCAGGACCAUGUGGGCCUGGAACCCUAGAAACUUCUUCCUGCUGGAGUGGACGCUACAGCCCAUCUCGCAAUUUGUGGAGAUUGUGUCUCUGAAGCCAACUCCGGUGCAGGUGCACUUUUUCCAACUGCUGGAGACCCUUGUGUUCAAGCUGCACUAUGUGCCCCAUGAGAUCCUGGGGAAGGUGCAGCGUUUGAUCAAGGAGAGUCCCGAGCUGUCCUGCACCCUUGUGGCUCUGCAGAGCAUCCUUAGGAUCACGGGCAGUGACCCGCUCUUCACUGACAUCUUCCGGGACUCCGGGCUGCUGGGCCUGCUGCUUGCCCAGCUGCGGAAGCAAGCCAAGAUCAUGAGGAAGUCAGGAAACAAAGAGUCCAGUUCUGGCAUUCAGGAUUCAGAAAGAGAACUUACCUGUGUAAUGCUGAGAACUGUGGUCACACUUCUGAAAGGCUCUGUUCGGAACACAGGUAAGGAUAUUACCAGUUUUGCCUUUUCACUGUUGAGAAAAAUAUUUACUAUUUCCUGGUUACUACUCAAAGGUUAUAUUCAAGGAAUUACCAAUGCUAAUGCUGUGGGCAAUAUCCAUUUGCUGUUUUGUAAUCAUUUGUACAUUAGUAGAUGCCUUGAUUAAUGGUUAUAUAUAUAUAUAUUUUCUUUUUUGGGUGGUGAUACUGGGGUUUGAACUCAGGGCCUUCAUGUUUGCAAGGCAGGCACUCUUACCACUUGAGCCAC